AUGUCUUCACAACAAUUAGUGGCCAUGAUUGUUACGAAAGAAAGAAUUACAAAAGUUCUGAAAAAAGUCUUGUGUCAUUCCGAAAAGGAAUUAAAUUUGAGAAUUUCAGAAGGAUGGAAAUUGAGACAUUUAAAGUGUCCGUAUUUGUUGGAAAUUGAAGAUGUGUUUUUUGAAAAGUUUAACAUGUCUUCGGUGUUGUUGUUGAAUCAACAAACUCCUCAUGUCAUGACAAUUGACAGCAAUCCGGCAUCAUUAGAAUCACAUCAACGUUGUGUUAAUUCAACAGAUUCUACAUCAUCCUCUCAAAAACUUCAACAACAACAGAAUAAUAACUCUGAAGAAACUUCAUCACUCUUGUUGUCGAAUGAUUCUCUCACGUCACAUUCCUCACAAAAAUAUUGGAUUUGUUUUUUAAUGGAAUACUUUAAGAAUGGAGAUUUAAAUCAAUACAUCAAACGAAAAUUUAAACAAAAAGAACAAUCAAAUUCAGUUCAUGCAUCUUCCUCUCCAAAUAGUCGACAUUUAAGUUCUGUCUUUGAAGUGGUUAGUCGAGACCAAUUGUUACAAUUCAUGUUGCAAAUUGCAGAAGGAGUUCAGUAUUUACAUCAUGAAGGAUUUGUGCAUUUGGAUUUGAAACCUCAAAACAUUUUUGUCACCAAUGAUGAACAAUCGAUCAAAAUUGGAGAUUUUGAAACGUUACGAAAACUUGAUUUCAAAGUAGCAGAUGAAGCAAUUGAAAUUCAAAAGAUGAACGAAUCUGGAACAAUGAUACAUGAUCCCUAUGCAGAAUCCAUGUCUUCAUUGGGAUCUUAUAACACAGAUCAAAAGCUCUAUGGUACUGCGAAAUAUUGUUCUCCUGAAAUGAUGUCACAAGAACCAUUUGGUUACUCUACGGACAUGUGGUCACUUGGAUGUGUGUUUUAUGAAAUGAUUUUUCAAGUAUUGAAUCGACAAUUUUACAUUGAAGUCUUUCAGAAUAAUCAUUUUUUUGCACAAUUAACUCAACAAAUUACUGAAUGUGUUCCAAAUGGAGAAGAAUUAGCAAAACUCAUUUGUCGAUUGCUCGAUCCAGUUCCUUCCAAUCGUCCCACUGCCACUCAAACGGUAGAAAUUUUAAAGUCAAUCAUUGGCUCGAAAACGACUCUUACAAGAGCUCGUCACAGUAUGGCCAAUUCGAGAAGAAAUACUGCAGUUCCAUCUAAAACGAUUACUCAAAACUUUUUCCAGAAAUUUUUAUUACAUUCUCAAUCGAACAAGACAAGUUUGAAACCUUCGUAUUGGGAGGAGUUUUCGAUCAUUCCAAAAAUUGCGUAUGAAUCGCUCACGUCCAACGAUGUGAAGCAGAUCAAGCAAUUUUUAGAAAGGAAACAAACUGUGACACCUGAGCUUUUAUUGUUUGAUCAAUUCUCGAAUUUUUAUGUCUUGAAACAAGACAAGAAACAAUUGUUGUUUGGAAUUACUCUCAAUAAGUUGAUUGAAAUGAUCACUGUCACAGAACAUCGCCUCUAUGAUUCAAUCAAAGAUGUUCGUUUUCGUGAAUAUUCAGACGUGGCCAAUGAUUAUUUUGAAGUUUUUGGCGAGGAUUGUAUUAGACCUGAAGCAAAUAUUGAAAGCAAAGAAUUGUUUAGAAAGACAUUCUUUGUCGGUUAUUUGCAUUUACUCUCACCAGAUGGUCUUUUAUUGAAAAUAUUUGAAAGAUUAAGCUUACCAUUAAUGCUCAUUUUGAAAAGUUAUCAUUUAGACAAGGUGACAACUUCAGCAAGUGGUACUCAUGAGUUAGAAGAAUCUAUCGGUGAACACAUUGAAAGAAUCACCAAAACCAUGUCUCAACUAUUGAAUCAUAUUGAAUGUUUGGAAAUUAUUAUUUGUUGUUUUGACAUGCUCAGAUUCUGGAUUUCCAAUUAUCAAUAUCAAUGGAAUGCAAACAUGUUGGAAUUUCUGAGUAAGAUUGUGGAACAAGUCUCUGUGAUUGGAAAAUUGAAAAAAACCGAUCACUCCAAAUUGCCUGAACCAACCAUAUUCUUGAGCAAGAUUAACAACAUUUUGGAGUUGAGUCACAUCUUGCUUGAUCAUGUCGCCAAGAAGCAAAAACUGGCCACGUACAAAAAAUCUCUCAAAAAGAAAGUUGGAAUUAAGGAAUAUAUGGAAUUUGCGGCGUUAGAAGUGGAAACCAGUCAAAACAGUACAAAGGUGGGAUCCUUUGUGAAAAACAAAUUGUCAAAUUUGGUGGCAUCCACCGACUCUGGUGACGGCUAUCGAAAGAAAUCUCACUUCGAUACAGACGAUGAUGAAUUUGACACGUCACAUGACAAGGAAGAUGAAGAAACUUCUGGAUCUACCGGAGAAUUCUUUUACUUUUACAAAACAAUUUAUACCGAUUCUUCAAAGUGCCCUCGACCUGUAAUUCCACCCAAUGUAUUUUCAGCAUCUCUGAGAUGGAUUGAUGUGUCACCUCUCGAACUUGCAAGACAAAUCACGAUUGUGGACCACUUUUUCUUUAAUGAAAUUUCGAGUGUGGAAUUUUUAGACUAUACUUCAUUCACACUCAAUAAUUGCAAGAAAACUCAUGGAUAUUUAGAUUUCAAUUUACUCAAUACGAGCUUUAGAACUCAAUUUUUCAAAAUGAGUUGCCCAAAAUUGUGUAAAUUUUUAGAACUAAUUCAUGAUCGUGUGAAUUGGCUCAUUUUAGAUAUUUUAGACAAACCCUAUAUUAAGGAUCGAGUUGAAAUGAUUAAUAAGGUGAAGCAUAUCAUUAUUGAAUUAUACACACUUCAAAACUAUGCAAGUGCUCACGCUUUGGCCACCAUUUUCACACAUCCUGCCAUUAAGAAUCAUUUACAAUUUACGCUUUUAGAAGCUAAAAAGAAAGAAAAAGGAAACUUCAAUUACAUGUUCAAACAUGUCAUGAGAGUUUUAGGAAAUCCAAAACAUCAUCAUACGAUUUUAUGGGCUCAACAACAACAACAACAGAAACAAGGAGAUGAAUUAUUGAUUUAUCAUCAUUCGAAUAAUGAGAAUGCAAGCUCAAGACCAAUUUCAACAAAUUCCACAUCUUCCCAUUACUCGAAGAUUAUUCCAAUUAAGAUUGGACAAACUCGAUUUAGUGUCUCUUCAACAAUUAGUGCUUUAAAUGUUCUGCCAAAUGCCAAUCAUCACCAUUCCUCAUCUUCUCAGAAUGUUUCGUUAUUACCAGCCUCGAACAGCCCUUCAAAAAAACAAAAAUUUCGAAAAAGCAACGCAAUAGAAAAUGCUCAUAAUGAUUCUGAUGAUGAAGAUGGAGACGAGAAUAAUAAUCAAUUGGACUCUUAUUAUUCUGUAUUCAUUGAAAAUCAAUACGAAAGGAAUUCCAUUUCAACUCAAAAUGAUGACAAAUUGUCGAUUGUAAAUGCUUCAUUUUCACACAUGCCAACUCCUCCACUCCUCCAUUUCAGAUCCAAAUACGAUUCAUUUUAUGGAUUUGAUAUUCGAUCAAAAUUUCAAUACUCGGACGUGUUGUUUGUGGAAGACGAAAGAUAUCAAAAUUACAAUGACAUUUUUGAUGGAUGUCGAGCGCCAGCCAUUCCAAUUGUUGAAGCUCAUUUGAGAGAAAUUAUGUAUUUACAAAAUCACUAUUCUGAUUGUUUACAUCAGGAUGAAUUGAAUUAUUGUUAUUCCACAGAAAUUACAGAAAAUGUCAAACAUCAAAAUAAUAUGGUUCGUUGGGCAAAAUUUGAACAGGUGGCAGUUGCUUUGAAUCGAUUGGAAAAAUGUCGAGUGGAUUAUGCAUUACAACCUGUUUUCCAACUUCAAAUGUUAAUUCAAAAACAACAAAGAGAUAUUGCCUUACUUUAUGGAUCGACAACUAUGAUUAGUGUCGAGCAAUAUAUCAAGCUGGCGAGAACAAGAGAACCUGUUGGAAGUACAAGAAAGGAUAUUUUGUAA